CCUAUCCACCCAAAGCUGAAGCCUGUGGGACCUCUCUGAAAGAUCAAACAAUGCCAUCUCAAUCCGCUGCUCGAUCAGCCAAGUCCCAAUUUCCAUGUGUCCAUCCAGGCUGCCGCGCGACCUACCAGCGCAAAGAGCACCUGAACAGGCAUCUGGCACGCCACGACCGGGCCCAUCGCUUCUGCUGCCCACAUUGUAGCAGCACCCUAGCCAGAAGUGAUCUCCUCCGCCGCCAUGUCCGGAUCUACCAUCCUGACCGGCAGCCCCCCUCGGCCCGGACCCCCAAGGCCUGCAGCAACUGCCAUGCGCGCAAGGAACGCUGUGAUGGCGGAACUCCCUGUGCUCGCUGUGCACGACGAGGAGUGCACUGCUCACGUAAUCCCCAUGUGGAUGUCGCUCCGGAGGAGGACCGAGAAAACGUCCUGGGAACCGGGGGGCUUUUCGGCGCCGAUCUUGUGGCGUCCGUCGCCGACGCGUCCCGGUGGAUCGGCCACGAGUAUAUCGACAUCUACUUCACCAAGUUCCAUCCCAUCUGGCCCUUCCUCCAUCGAACCACCUUCGAUCCUUCCCAAGAGCCAUGCAUCCUCAUCCAAUCCAUGCUGAUGAUAGGGCUGUGGAUCAAGGGGGACCGGGAGGCGCGGCACACGGCGAUGCUGUUCCACGACCGGCUACUGUCGGCGAUCAGAGCUCAAAAGGAUCAAUGGUAUGUGCCCGAGUCGAUGGGACAUCGUGCCGACAGCAGACCGUGGCCCAUGGCGACCUACCAGAGUAUCCUUCUGCAACUGAUCUUCGCCGUGCUCACGGCCAAGCCGGAGGUCGAACUGGACCUGAACUUUCGUUUCCGGCUCCCCGAACCGACCUACGAGCUGCUCACGGCGCUGGUGGCCACCGGCCGCCGACUGGACCUGUUCUCGUACCCGAACAUGCUCGCCCGGCAUCAUCCGACUGCCCCGGUGGCGCUCGUCUGGGUGGGCGUGGAAGAGACCAAGCGGUUUAGUUUGGCUUUGUACAAGCUGUGCCGGUUAUGUAGCACCGGCGGCACCUCCACUAGUCCAGCGAAUAUGGACGGUGGCGCGGGUGGGCUUCUGACACUCGCGGACUUGGACUUUUGCAUUCCGGACAGUGACGAAUUGUGGAAUGGUGCGUCGGCGAUGGAUGCUGAGGUCGUCCGCCAGACGGGCCUGCAGCCGACGGUGAGGGAUAACCGCAGCCCUGGGAGCUGGAUUUCCCAAGCGUCGGCUCACCUGCGUGACCCUGGGGUCCGAUUGGACUGGAUCUGAUUGCUUCCAGGUGUUGUUACCGAGCUUGGUUCAAAUAACUACUGCUACCUCUUCUUUUUCCUUUUCCGGUCACUUCCACAGGAUACCUAUCUCGACGAGACAGUCAGCCGGUGAAAUGGGGAAGAAGAAAAGCAAGAAGGAUGAGGUUCUAAUAUGUCUACCGGGCAGCCAUUGUUCGAUGACCCCGCGUUUUCAGCCAAACUACCCCGAGUCGCAGCCACAGGAAGGCCAGGACAAUGCAUUUGAGGAGCUGAAUGAG